AAGCUGAGAGAAAAGCCAUCAGUCUUUCAAACUGACAGGUGGUUCCUGAAAUAUUGCUGGAAGGGUUAAGAAGAAGCUAUGACAUUCGUAAUUCUCCUGGUAUUUACUGUAACAACUCUCUGAGCAAGUUCUCCUAGGAUGCAUCUGGCUGCCUGAGUGAGCGUCCCUGCUGGUUCUCCAUUCUGCAUCCGUGCAGCCACGUUCUAUUGAUGGCCUGUUGUGAUUUCAAUGGAACAUCAUGGGAUGUACCUGGCACGUCGGGCAGCACUGGAUGGAGGUGCCUUUAGCCCAGUGUACCUGGCAUGGUGGUAAGGUGAAGGUGAAAGGAAGAGAAGGUGGAGAUGGAACUGCCAAAUCAUGCCAAACAACUGCUACUGCAGCUGAACCAGCAACGAGCCAAAGGUUUCCUCUGUGACGUGAUCAUUGUGGUAGAAAAUGCCCUGUUCCGUGCCCACAAGAACAUCUUGGCAGCCAGCAGCAUGUACUUCAAAUCCCUUGUCCUGCAUGACAACCUGAUUAACUUGGACACGGACAUGGUGAACCCCACCGUGUUCCGGCAGAUCUUGGACUUUAUUUAUACUGGGAAGCUCUUAACGACUGACCAGCCCGGUGAACAGAACUUCAGUGCUCUCCUCACCGCAGCAAGCUACCUCCAACUGCACGACCUGGCAGCUCUCUGCAGAAAGAAGCUGAAGCGGAGCGGCAAGUCCUUCGGCAAGGCUGGCGGCCUUGGCAUGGGGAGAUCUGCCAGGAGUCAGAGACUUUCCACCGCUUCGGUCAUCCAAGCUCGCUAUUCAGGGUCAAAUGAGGGGUUGAAGGGCUCGCACUCAAAGGAGUUGUCAAAGGGAAAGCUCUCCGAUGAUGAGGUCUUCAUCAGCAGCUCCAACCAAGAGAACUGUCACUCCUUAACCAGGGGAGCCAGUAAGAAUGGUGGUGGGGGCGGCAGUGCAAAUGGGAGUACUGGUGACCAGGAGCUAGGCCUCGACCUGUCCAAAAAAAGCCCCUCGCUCCCCGCUGCAGCCUCCCACGAUGACACGCAGCACAGCGAAAGCCAGCACGGCUCUCCCCAAUCUGCCUCAGCCCCCGCAGCCAACAGUGCCUCAUCGUUCGACGAGUCCGGAGUCGGAGCCCCUCACAGCAUGGCGGACAGCAGUGACCCCAUGGAGAUGGACCUGAGUGAAGAGUGCCACCACGCCUUGAUGGAGAGCAGCCAGCGCAAGGGCCACCGGCACUCCUCUCGCAAGAAGGAGUGGAUCAAGAAGGACAACGCCUUUGACCGGCAGGAGAUCGGCAAAGACAGGGACGAUGAAGUGCUGCCCAACGGCAUCCUGCUGGGAUCCUUGUCCAAGUCCAUGGAGCGGAGCCUGGUGGGAGCCUUUGGCGCAGACCUGCCCUACGCGUGUAAGGAGGAGGUGGAAAACGGUAAGGAGAACAGCGAUGACAGCGGGCAGAGCGAGAGCGAGAGCGGCGGGCAUACCAGUGCCAACUACGUCUACCGGCAGGAGGGCUUUGAGCCGGUGGCCUACGGUGACAACCUGUAUGUCUGCAUCCCCUGCGGCAAAGGCUUCCCCAGCUCCGAGCAGCUCAACGCCCACGUGGAGACACACACCGAGGAAGACCUCUACAUCAAGGAGGAAGGCACCUACGGCGGCAAGGACGAAGCCGAGGAUUUGUCCAACCCCAACCAGUCCUACGCCGCGGAGUCGCGGCCCUUCAAGUGCUCGGUGUGCGAGAAGAGCUACAAGGAUCCGGCCACGCUGCGGCAGCACGAGAAGACUCACUGGCUGACGAGGCCCUUCCCUUGCAACAUCUGCGGCAAGAUGUUCACGCAGAGGGGCACCAUGACGCGGCACAUGCGCAGCCACCUGGGGCUGAAGCCCUUCGCCUGCGAGGAGUGCGGGAUGCGCUUCACCCGGCAGUACCGACUGACAGAGCAUAUGCGUGUCCACUCAGGAGAAAAACCUUACGAAUGUCAACUGUGUGGUGGGAAAUUCACCCAGCAGCGCAACCUGAUCAGCCACCUGCGAAUGCAUACCUCUCCCACAUAAGCCAAAGACUCCAGAAUGAGCUUCGAGCCCAUCCGCAGUGAUUUACCUUCCCGUAGACUUGCUGCUUACAGAAGAAAAAAACAAAGGAGAAACAAACAAAAGAAAACAAAAAGAACAGAAGGGGGCAGCUCCCCAUACUCUGUUCAGUCAUGGGAGGCCUAAACAAAUGUAGCUUUAACAUUUAAAAAAAAACAAAAAGAAGGUUGUUUGCUUUUUUUACCCCCUUUUUUUUUAAAAAAAAAAAAAAAAAAGCAAAAAGCAAAAAGCGAGGUCCACAGCCGAGCCUCUGCACUCAGUCCGGCUCUGCCUCCCAGGCGUGGCGAGCUGGCCAGAAACGCCGCUCCUCUUUGUGCACAUGGACUUCAUCGCCAUGGUGACUGUCUGGAGCAGGUAGGGGAGCCAUGGGGAGCUCGCAGCCUCUGCUGGCUCCCCUCCCCUGCUCAUUUCCAUUGUGUUCCUGGCACCCUGCUCACCUCAUUCCUAAAACCCACCCCCAGUGGCGGCAUUUCUUGCCACCAGAAGCAAGCGCGGUAGGCCGCCUCAGUAGCUGUGAAACAACAGCGUUGCAUUGGCAAGUGCAGAAGCUGUGUCUGUGGACCAUCUCACAGGGUUGGCAGCCCCUGCAGAUACUGUGGGAAAGCCAUAGAGUGGUGGAACUCAGCGCCCUCGCCUUGGGCUGGCGACGGUGGGGAGAGAGCAGCCUGCCUAGGUGUGCACCAGCCUGGGUCCCUCACUUAAAGCAGCGGCCCUGCCUCCCUCACCCUCCUCCUUUGGGCUUGAUCUUUCUCCUUGGCACAUGUACCGUCACACCACCUUCGCCCACCAGACAGCCAAACCUCUUUUGCCUUACCCAUGACUGAACAGGGGCUGGAUGCCCUGGGAAUUUCUUUCAGUGAGCAGGAGGUCGUCUUUACUUUCCUGGUAGUUUCGUAUGAAUAUUCUUUGCUUAGAGGUACUUGUUUUAUUCAACCCCAUUGUAACGUUUAUGUGAAUGUUUGAACUGGAAGGUCUGAGGUUAAUUCUAGGAUGGGUGGGUGGGGAGGGGUUUGCUGUAGGCUGGACUUGCUACAAGUUCCUUUAGGUACUUCUCUUUUUUUUUUUUUUUGUUGUUUUAAUUAUUUUUUUACCUUCUUUUUUUGUGUGUGUAUGUUCUUAGCUUUCCUCCCUCACUAAAGAGUGAGCCUGCCCGCGGGCAGGCUUGUUACCUUUGCUACCUCUUGAAUUCAUGAGAACAAUAAGAUGGUUAGUGGAAGAUUAGGCAUUUUUUUUUUCUCUUAUUGUAAGUAAUUAAAUGUAUAAAAGUAGAAGCUAAAUUAAAAGUCAAGGGAUUUUUA